AUGGCCACUGUCACCGACGAAGAGCUCAAAGAACAGUUCAAGGCCUAUGCUCCGGUCUGCAAGAAACUGUUUGAUGCAGAAGGAGCACACAGGGUCAGGAGACACGCAACCAUCAACACACUGGAGCACCAUUUGGACCAUAGCCUCAAGUGGCUCACAGACGCACAGAAAGAAGAACUGAAGUUAAUGGAGGCUGAUGGUAAGGCAGGAGUGGAAAUCAGGGACCAAGUGAGAGUUUUCUACAAGGAACUGUCCGAGGAGAAAAAGCCAGAGGUACGAGAACUACUUCGUGAGGGGUGCCGAGAUAUGUUGCGGGACUUCUUAGGGUUGGAAAAUACUAAGAAGCUGAGUGAGAUGAAGUUUGCUGGAAAAACGAUUGAGGAGAUUGAGGAGGAGGCACACAAGCUGAUAUCGGAUGUAACCGACAAGGAUCGUCUGGGUAACUUCAGUAGAUAUGCUCCUGACUGUAUGGAGUUGUUUGCGAUGGAUUGA